AUGCAUCACGAUUACUUCUAUCACCUGCAGUUACGUAGCCUAUCGAAAGAUGAUCACCAUGCUACCUACGGGUGCAUGUGCCAACUGGAACUCGACGUCACGCCGCCGGCGCCUCCUGUCUUACGCAACAUCACACUUAAUCUACGAAGCUUUUACGAGCAAAGGUAUUACGUAACAUCGUUAGACCUAGAGAUGAUAGCCUGUGAAAUCGAAAAAAAGUGGAAAUUAUUCCAGCCGACCUGUGCUUGGAAGCGGCCAAAACUCAGCAACGCAACGUGCAAAGCGACAGGCGCCAAUCCGCCGCCAGUAGUUACCUGGUGGAUGAACAACAUCCAGCUGACGAGCGCCAAAAUUUUGGUGUCGGACGAAGUGAACGGAACCAUUUCCAAGCUGAGUCUGAUCCCUGCCAUCGAGGAUGACGGGCGCAUUGUGACCUGUCGAGCGCUGACUCCGCUAUUGGCCGGCGGUUUCGUCGAAGACGAAUGGCGGAUGCAAGUCUACUAUCCACCGAUCGCCAACUUGGUUCUCGGCCGGCGAUUCACCGCCGAAGAAAUCCACGAAGGCAGCAACGUCUUUCUCGAAUUCCAAACACGUAGCAACCCGCCGAUUCAACGUUUGACCUGGAUGCACAAUGGCAAACUCCUGGGCAACAGUUGAAAUCGAGAAAACCGAGACAAUCUUGGCCAAUCAAACGCUGGUUAUCCGCCAGAUAGAGCGGCAAACAGCUGGUAAUUACACGUGCAUCGCGACA